GAAAGUGAUAAGACAUUUACGCAGUAUAGUCAACGUAUACCUGCCUGGGGGUUACAGAUAACGAUGAACUCAGUGUUUGGCCUCCUUCCCCAAAUGCUGUCAGAGCUCUUGUUGGCCUUUGGUGAGGAAACUGCUUUGCUGAGUGCCAAGAAUUGUCUCGUGCCAUGGAAGGGAAGAAGGAUGCCAGAGGAGAGGCCCACUUCGUGGGGAUGAGAGAGGAGUUGAUUGAGGCCAAACGCUCCGUCAGAACACUAGCGGGAAGAGAUGUGUUGGUCAUCUACCACCUGGAAACUUUCUAUGCUAUGGACUCUUACUGUUAUCAUGAGGCAGGAGCUCUGCAGACUGGUGACAUUGAGUUAGAAAUGCAAAGCCCUCACACAAUUCAGUUGCAACAUCCCCAGGAAUUGGGCGGCAAACUGUGCAUUAUAUGUCCAAACCACAAGUACAAGAUAACGUUGGCUGAAGGGGAGGGGUUAUACAAGGACACCGACCCCAUGGAGAAAUCCCCUGUUGCCGUGUGGCUCUCUAAAGGCCCGAAGCAGAGAGUCCACUCGAUCACCGAGGCCAACGGGGAGGUCUACGUCAAACUGUCAGAAGACCCUCAACGGCUGGAUUCAGACUUCUACCAGGGAGAGAGGGGCAAGGUGCAUAGGGCCAACGUCGAGGAGGCCAAAGCAGCCAAAGCAGCUAAAGCCUUACAGAAGAAGAAAUCCUGAUAGUACGGAGGAAGCAAUAUUUAGGCAAUACCGAUGUUUCUAAUUGGUAUCUGUAGACGGCAUGACAAUGGUUGACAUUACUGGCUGGUAUUAACUCAUUAAUAUUGCAGGGAAGAAAACAGAUUAAUCAAUUGUCUAUGUGCUCCCAUGCAGCUAUGUUUGUUUUGAAAGUAAUCAAUAGUGAUCAUGAUGGAUAAAUAACCAAUAUCAUCAGUAGCUUCUGAGUAUCGUAUUGGCCAAGACAUUCCAUAUUGGUUCGUCCAUACUUGAUAGUGAUGCUGUGGAUCUGGGAUUUGAUGAUAUUGGACAUUGUGUAUUCAUUAAUAAAUGAAGUGAAUGUUGACCUGUA